AUGGGAGGAGGCUUUGCCGCGGCCAUGCAGCGGAUGAGGCAAGGAAGAAGCAGCUCCAUCGGGCGGUCCGAUCGAACGGUGUCGAGCCCCUCCACAAGGGGGGAUACACCAAACAGGAAGCCUACCGUGGUAAUGUCGGACUUCAUCCGCGUGCAGCAGCCCUCGGUGAACAGCCAAGACAACACUUUCCAACAUAAGGUGAAGGACAAGAUCCGAAAGAUUGUCACAGGCAGAGUCGUGUCAAACUUCAUGGCGGCAGUGGUGCUCUUCGACGCCUUUUGCACCUGCUCCGACGUAGAUGCGCGGGCUGCCGGCCUGGAAACUCCGCAGUGGAUGCUCACAGUGUCCGACUUCUGCUUAGCUUUGUACACAAUCGAGCUGGGACUUCUCCUGUAUGUACAGGGAAGGCAGCUUCUGAAAGACUGGAUGGUGAUUCUGGACAUUGUUAUCAUCUUCUGCGGCUAUGCCGAGCUGCUGUUGAAUUUGUUUGCACCGGGCGACCUCAUCGCCAGCUUCAGUAUGCUGCGGGUGCUCCGCCUCGCGCGAAUCAUCCGCCUAAUGCGACUUCUGCGGAGGACGCGUGCGCUGCGCGAGCUCCAGAAGCUUGUAACUAUGAUGGCGACAUGCUUGAAGGCUUUGGCUUGGUCCUUCAUCUUCUGCUUCGUGAUCAUGACCAUAUGGGCCAUGCUUUUGGUAGAGAUCGUCCAUCCGAUCAUGAAGGAGAUGCGGGACAACGAGGUGGCCUUCCAGGAUUGCGAGAAAUGCCUGUCGGCCACCUCUUCCGUGAUGAACUCCAACCUUCUUUUGUUUCAGACGGUCAUAGCCGGGGAUAGCUGGGGGGACAUCGCCGUCCCUGUCAUCGAGUUCUCCCCGGGAACCGCCAUCAUCUUCGUAGGAUCCCUGUUAACGCUCGUCUUUGGCGUGCUGAACCUCAUCGUUGCAGUCGUCGUAGACACCUUCGCCGAAGUUCGGCAGAGGGAUGUGCUGAACUUGGCAGAAGAGAUGGAGCAUGAGAUCGAGAGCGACAAGAAGUUCCUGCAAAAGAUCUUCGAGCGCAUCGACACAGACGGCAGUGGUCGGGUCACUUUGGAGGAGCUUGUUGAGGGCGCGCGGAAAGAUCCGCAGUUCCAGAGCAGGCUCCGCGUCAUGGACAUCGACGAGGCCGACUUGCAGCAGCUGUUCGAGAUGAUCGACAUCCACUCGGAGGGAGAGAUCGAGGCCGCAGAAUUCAUCGCGCCCCUCAGUCGCUGGGUGCACGAGUCGACGACCGCGCCGCGCUUCAUCAAGUACAACAUGCUCCGGACGAUUCAGAUGCAGGAGGAGCUGCAAGAAGCGACGCACAUGCAGUUCGACCACCUGGCCUCCAGGAUUGACCAGAUCGCGCAUGUGCUGCACCACGUGGCUCGAGAGUCCGUGCGGACGGAUCAUCACUUUGGGCCAACGGCAUCUUCCAAGACACAACCCAGGACCCUCGGCAAGGACCCCCUUCCCGCUGAUGAGCCGGCCAACGACCCUGAGGUGGACGUUCCGCGCUAUCCCACCAGAGACUCACGCGUUUCACAGGAAAGCCCUGCCACCGAGACCGCCUUGUCCCCGAACAUCCACAUGGCGAUGCUGGACUUGGAGCAGCUCGUCCUCAGUGCCACGGAGAGCGCGCUGCGGAAGUCGAUGAUGGCCUUGGAGAGCACUGUGAAAGAGUGCUGGCUAGAGGCAUAUCGACCGGAGCGCGGCCGAAACUCCCAGAUCUCGGUCGCGGUGUCCCUCGGCUACGAGCGCAGUGCCAGCUCCACCAAGAGCGGCCGGGGCUACUUAGCGCGCGCCGGCUCGGCAGAAUCCGUGGUCAAGAGCACCAGCUCAAUGAAGAGCCGCUCCCGCAACGCGAUGGGCGUCCCGAUCGGCUCUUUCGCGCCCCCUGCCUCCGGGCCCCCGAUGCAGCGGGUGCAUUCCGAGAAAGCAGAGGAGCGCAUUCAGAAGCACUACAGCAUGCUUCAGUUCACCGCAGAGGCAGAUGAGAGAUACUACGAGCCUUCAGACCAGGGGGAGGCGUCGCGACAGACAACUACAUACGCCGAAGCCCAGAGCAAGGAGACUCGUCAGCCCAUGGCGAAACCAUGCGGCGACAUGGAGAUAUGA